GUUUGAAAAAAAAAAAGACCCUAAAGAAUUUAUCCAAUGAUUAAGUUGGAUGUUAGCUUAUUUGUUAAGCAAGCAGAUUAAGUACUUUUAAGCAUUUUGAGCAGAAAAUUGUUAAUUAUCACAAUCGGGUAUAGUUUGUGUGUUAAAAAUUGCAAAUUUAAAGAUACAGUGCUUUCACCAAGGAAUCUAAAUACAGACAAAUCUAGUAGGAAUAAUUUACAGUCUAGACAAGAGAAUGCACUGUCCUGGGUGCACACAUUUCGGGUAGAUCAUCAUGAGCUUUGAGCAAGAGAAAGAGACAUCUGAAUACAGUGGACGACCAGGAAUUCAGCAUUAGGCCCAGUGCUACAGAAAGGAAGAAAAAAACCAACUAAAUGGCAACGGAUCGCUAAACGCAACCUGGUAUGAACUUGACGGGCCAGAGAAUGCUAUCGCUACAAAGAAGUGAGUGAGUAUUUGUUGGGGACGUGGUAAGACAAAAUGCAUUUUCUAGGGUGCUUCACAUUACAGAGCUUUGUCGAAAGCAAGGGCAGAACUCUUUAAGCUGUGCCCAUAGUUGAAGGAGUCUUUCUAUUUCUGACAGAAGACAGCUCCAAAAAAGAAAACUUUAACCAUGUCGAAGCUCUGUUCAAAUGUAUGCUUCAGAAUAGACUGAAUAACUUGGUGAAUAAAAGAGUUCUCAAAUUGAAGGAAAAAGAAAAGAAAAAAGAUUACAAUACCAAAAUUGAAGGCAAGGCCCUCGUCUUGACAGGCUACCUGCUAAAGAACUAUGUGGCUGGACAAACACCUAUCCAGACCCUCCCUGAUAUGGAUAAAAAGUCUACCAAUAUAAAAGCAAACUGUGGGGAUCUGUGGGUCAGCGGCUCUCCAGCAUCCUUGGCAGUCACCUCUUCACCGUCACCUGAAAACCUGAAGGCAGAUUCUGUUUGCAAGAUCCACAUGGAAAAGGACCUCAUUGCUUUCUGCUCUUCAACACCAAAUAAUGCGUCCUGGAGAGACAGCAUAAGGGGCCCCAUCUUCACCAUGGAACUCAUCACAUGCUUCCAGAAGUAUUCUUGGUGCUGCCACCUAGUGGAAGUAUUUCAGAAGGUACAGAAAUCAUUUGAAAUUCCAAGGGUUAAAGCCCAGAUGCUCACCAUAGAACAACUGUCCAUGACAAGAGCUUUCUACCUCUUUCCUGGCCAUUGAGAAUUGUAAGUAUUGGUAGUCGUUGGGGGUGAAAUAAAUGAAAGCGUUAUAUUGGCGGUGAAGUUCAAUGGCCAAUGACAGCUGACUACUUGGAUGGUCAAGUUGGUGUUCUUUAUUGAUGUAGACUGGUGAGUAUUUAUUAUUUAUUUGCUUUUUUUAUUCUACUUAUAUGCCUUUAGUUUCCCCCAACUAUAUAACCAGUCAAGGAGGUAAGAAAAAUUGCAGCAAAAUGUAAUAAACAAUUAAAGUCUUAGGUUAGUAAUUAUUAAAAUAGUCAUUUACUAAUGUUACCAUUAUGAAUUAUAUUCAUUUAUCUCUCAUACUCUUCAUCUCUUUGUCUCUCUCUCCCACCUGCCAAACUUAAUUACCAAACAUUGCAUCGGACCUUGAACAAAACAGAGUAAACACAGGAGCUAGCUAUGGAGAAAGCAGGGCUUUGGUCCUCUGAGUGCGCAUAUCACAUUAUCGUUGUAUGACUUUCUCCUUAGUUUAGCUAAAGAUGGGGUCCUUGUCACACGAUCAGGAAAAAUUAGACUCGCAGACAAUCUGAAAGGCUAGGAGGGCACGGUUUACUGUGUG